GCCAUGGUUGAUGUUGCUAGAGAAGUUGGAGCUGAUGCUGUUUCUCAUGGAUGUACUGGGAAGGGAAACGAUCAGGUUCGCUUUGAGCUCACUUUCUUUGCUCUAAAUCCUGAACUCAAUGUUGUGGCUCCCUGGAGGGAAUGGGAAAUCAGAGGGAGAGAAGAUGCUAUUGAAUAUGCUAAGAAACAUAAUGUACCUGUCCCAGUGACCAAGAAAUCCAUUUACAGCAGAGACAGGAACUUAUGGCACCUCAGUCACGAGGGAGACAUCCUGGAAGACCCAGCAAAUGAGCCGCAGAAGGAUAUGUACAUGAUGUCCGUUGACCCAGAAGAUGCACCUAACCAACCUGAAUAUGUAGAAAUUGGGAUAGUUUCAGGACUCCCCAUUUCAGUGAACGGAAAGGAGCUCUCCCCUGCAUCUCUUCUCUCCGAGCUAAACGAAAUUGGUGGGAGACACGGAAUUGGCCGCAUCGACAUGGUGGAAAACCGUCUUGUUGGUAUGAAAAGUCGUGGAGUCUAUGAAACUCCAGGUGGGACCAUCCUCUUUGCCGCUGCACUCGAACUUGAAUCUCUAACGCUUGAUCGUGAAACAAUUCAAGUAAAAGACACCCUUGCCCUCAAAUAUGCCGAGCUGGUGUACGCAGGCAGGUGGUUUGACCCACUUCGCGAGUCAAUGGAUGCGUUCAUGGAGAAGAUCACAGCAACUACCACUGGAUCGGUGACUCUCAAACUGUACAAAGGUUCAGUUACUGUGACUGGACGAAAAAGCCCCUAUAGUCUAUACAGGCAAGAUAUCUCAUCGUUUGAGAGCGGGCAGAUCUAUGAUCAGGCCGAUGCUGCUGGAUUCAUUCGGCUUUAUGGACUUCCAAUGAGGGUUCGAGCGAUGCUUGAGAAUUGAGACCACGUAGUUUUCUGGGUGGGUGUUGCAACUUCAGAUUUUGGGCUUUUGGGUCGAAGUUAAUAACAACUGGUGAUUCUCUCUCUUAUCUUUGUUGUUUACCAGCUCUGCCUAUGAAUGUAAUCUGUCUUGGCGCUACUUAAUAAAUGUUAUUUUAGUAGGUUCUGCUACUAACUCUCACCUGGUGAGCUUGUUUAAUAGAGUUUUGGCUUUGCCAAUUGCUGGUUGAAUAUAUAUAACAAUGAGAGAGAAUAAUAUUGAAGGUUGUAAUAUAGCUUUGGCAAUUGAGAAGCCAUGAAAAUGGGAUUUUUCUUGGCGUGACUUGCUUAUUUUU